CUAUUGGUGCAGAAGCUUCCGGCUUCUUCCUCCUGUAUGAGAUUAACAAAACAGAAUAAGUCAGUACUACUUUGGAUAGAUGUUUAGUGUAGUAAAACAGCAAAUUACAGUCCUUAGUCAGUUUUACCUCUUUUCGUAACGAUUAUUGUCUUCUUUGGUGUUGUGGAUUAACGACAAAACGUCGUCUGACAACUAAAGUGGAUUAUUUUGCUCGAAGUAGAUGAUUGCAGCCAUGAUGGCGUCAAGCUACAACGCUAAGGAAGAGGACGGACACCACUCCGGCUCUUCGAGCCACGGCGGAGCAGGGGCCGUGAAGAGUAAAAAGCCGGACAACACAGCCUUUAAACAGCAGAGACUACCAGCCUGGCAGCCAAUUCUGACAGCCGGCACCGUCCUGCCGGCAUUUUUCGUGAUUGGGCUCAUUUUCAUUCCCAUCGGCAUCGGCCUUUAUGUGACUUCAAACAACAUCAAAGAGUUUGAGGUUGAUUACACUGGGGUGGACAUCAACAGUCCGUGCUACAGUUGUGCCAAGAACUUCAGCUGGAACAGUACACAAUCAUGUGUAUGCUCUGUGAAUUUCACUUUAGAGCAACCAUUUGAGAGCAAUGUUUUUAUGUAUUAUGGCUUAUCCAACUUCUACCAAAACCACAGACGAUAUGUGAAGUCCAGGGAUGACAGCCAGUUGAACGGAGAUCUGUCUGCUCUAAUGAACCCCAGCAAAGAGUGUGAGCCAUAUCGUACAAAUGAUGGGUUGCCCAUUGCUCCAUGUGGAGCCAUAGCAAACAGCCUUUUCAAUGACACUCUGGACCUGUAUUACGUUGACUCCAAUAGCACAAAAACUCCAAUACCUCUGGCAAAGAAGGGCAUUGCAUGGUGGACAGACAAGCAUGUUAAAUUCAGGAAUCCCAGUGGAAACACCAACCUCACUGUCACUUUCCAAGGCACAACUAAGCCAGUGAACUGGAGGAAGCCAGUGUAUGAGCUCGACCCAUCAGAGGCUGACAACAACGGCUUCAUCAACGAGGACUUCAUUGUGUGGAUGCGCACGGCUGCAUUACCUACCUUCCGCAAACUUUAUCGUAUCAUCCAGAAGAAGUCUGGCACUACUCCCACUCUGCCCAGUGGCAGAUACAUCUUGGACAUCACUUACAAUUACCCUGUGCUCAGCUUUGAUGGUCGUAAAAGGAUGAUCCUGAGCACCAUCUCCUGGAUGGGAGGAAAGAACCCAUUCCUUGGAAUCGCCUACAUCACUGUGGGCUCCAUCUGCUUCUUCCUGGGUGUGGUUCUGCUGAUCAUACAUCAUAAAUAUGACACUCGUAACAACAGUGCAGAUAUUCCAAAUUAAACAGUUAUCGUACAGCGUCUUCCCAUCUCUGCAUGCCUGGGCGACCCACCAUGGGUUCGCUGUGGACUGGUUGAUGAUUUGAGUGUGGAUACACUGGUCUAUGUAUAUGUCUGUUGUGUGUUUGUGUAAGGGCAAUAGUCUGAAGUGUCUCAUGCCACCCUAUGUUAGUCAUAUUUAAGGCAAUGAAGGAUGCUGCAGUUUAUGGUUCUGUGCAUUUAGCUUCAAGUUGGCUGCUAAGAAUGUAAUUUACAGUCUUCAGUUUUUCCAUUUUCUGUUUAUCUAUACUGUAUCUGUUUUAUUUUAGCAGUGCUUGAUGAAAUGCUUAAUUAUUGAAGGAUGUAUGUAUUUUUAAUGCAAGUUUUGUCCAUAAUAUGUACUGUAAUAUGUCCUGCUGAAGAAUGUAUUGUUAUAUUUCAUAGACUUACCUCUGUGAUUUUUGAAGUAACUCUGAUGGGACAAUCAUUGCUUGUGGAAUCAAUUUCGAAAAGCAGUGAUACGUGAGACUUAUUUUACUCCUAGAAAGUCAUACAAUAUUCAAUAGAAACAGCACCGAAAGUGUGGCUUUCUUUCUACCCUCAAUUGCGACUGGUUUUACUGUGAGACAUUAUUGAGCAUACUGUUUGUCUCGUCUCACCAGUGAAUGCUUAUUUUUGAAAAUUAUACUGUUCUCUAUUUUGUCAUUCCGUAUUAUCCACUAUUCUAAAUUCCCAGGUUUGGGAAGCAUGCCUGGCUAAUAAGAGCACAAUUUUUGGCUUGAUUUUUUUUUUGGCUUGAGUUUUAAAUUAUAUAUACAUGGCAUACUUCAAUGUUGACCAAAUGAUAUGCACUUUAAAAGUGUGACAUUAGUCUCAUCCUUUUCAGUCCACUUUGUGUUACAAUAUUCUGUCAUUGAUAAGUUAAUAGUAAACUAUUUAAGUUUACAGGUUUUUUUUUAUGUCUAUUGGUUCAAAUUAAAGAAAUAGGCCAUG